CUCCAGUGAAGCAGUCAUGUAGGUCAUACUCACACACCACCGCAAUGACUGAUAGCUAGCUAUCCCAUUGAAAAGAAAUGAUGGGCCUACACCCCGCCAAAUCUCGGACAUCGGACCGAAUCGGGAGCUCGCAAGUCCGCCACACCAGCUCCAGCCUCCAGAAUCACCGCGAAUUUGGCAAUUUGAUACUCCCCAUACCUAAAUCUCACAAACCAUCCAUACCAAGGCAAAAGCCCAUCCUAAAAACUAGAAUCAGCCAUGCACAGGGAAACCCUUUCACCAUCGACACUCCCCGCCUGGUCAAAGCUAAAUGACAUCUCCUUCUUCGACAUCCAUAUCCAAGACCUGACCCAUGAAGAAAAAGGACUAGGACUCGUAGCCACGAGGAAAUUGAAUUCUAAAGACACCUGUGAGAGACCGACUUUAAUGGAGAUACCCGGGGAUCUGGUGUUGAGUGCUGAGGGGCUGGAGGAGUGGAAGAGGGUUGAUGGGAGGUUGAGGGAGGUGCUUGAGAGGUGGGGUGGGAAGGUGGGUUGUUAUUUCUCCAUUUCUUUUUGUUCUUUUGCGAGAUUGUUGGUUUGAAGGCUCAGAGCUUGGGGUUCAUGGGGUUUGAGGGGGUUGGGGGUUGGUGAUGUUUUGAGGAUGAAGGCUAAUGGGAAUAGAGUUUGAGAAGGGAUAUCAUGGUGUUUUUACUCAUACAUAUCUCGAGAGAGGAGGAUGGAAAGAGCUUGGGUGUUAAGAACCCGUGGACAGAGUAUGUUAAGGUUCUUCCUGGUCAUAUUCCAGUCCCGACGAUGUGGAGUGAGGAGGAGAGGAUGUUGUUGACGGGGACAAGCCUAGAGGUACGUUCUGGUAUAUUUCUGUCAAUUGACGUUGAGUAUUUGGCUGGAUUUUUCCUCCGUGGUGACUCUUGUUAUGAAAUGAGGGCAUUGGCUAGCCUACUCUCUGGUUAUAAGAUGGAGCCCCGGCAACGACCUUGCUAAUAACUCUUUUACAGCCAGCUUUGGCAGCAAAAAUGAGUGUGCUCACUCGGGAGUUCGAAGAGCUUCGAGAAGCUACAGAGUCAAUAGCAUGGUGUUAUAAGUGCUGGUGGCAGAACUCAACGCUGAAUAUCGAGGAUUGGGUUUUACUCGAUGCAUGGUUUAGAUCAAGAUCUCUUGAGCUCCCAAAUUCAGGAGAGUCUAUGGUUCCGUGCAUGGACAUGGCAAAUCACUCGUCGAAAGCAAAUUCUUACUAUGAACAAACGACCAAUGGAGGCGUCGUCUUAUUACUGAGGCCAGAUAUGGAAUUGGAGGCAACAGAAGAAAUCACCUUUAGCUACGGAGAUUUGAAGAGCGAUGCGGAGAUGCUAUUCAGUUAUGGGUUUAUCGACGAAAAGACUAGCACUUCUCAAGUCCUUGUAUUACCUCUGGAGCCGAUGUCCGAGGAUCCACUAGGUAAAGCAAAAAUAGCUGGAUUCAUGGGAAGACGAGUCAUUACGAUAUCAACUGACCAGGAAGGCGCUUCAUGGACAAGUCCAUUCUUAUAUUUUAUUUGCCUCAAUGAAGAGGAUGGCUUGGAUUUCAAGGUUCUACAACAGACUGAUGGGGAACAGAGUCCAUUAAGGGUGUUUUGGCGAGAAUCUGACGUAACAGAGGUCACGGACAAUUUUGAAUCUCUCAUUGAAGAUCAUGAGCUCCAAGACGUAUUCAAAUUGAGGGUUGUGACUUUGCUAGAAGAUCAUGUCGAAAGCCAGCUUGAAAGACUCAACAAGUGUGAUGGUGCUGUGCAAUCAUUAUCAAGGCAAGUUGAGGCCGCUUGCGAGUCCACGAUAUCAAUUCGCAGAGAUGCGCUAACUACAUUGUUAAUUAGUAUGGUGGAAAUCUCGCCAACCGUUGAGAAGAAUGCUCUGCGCCUUCGGGCUAGCGAAAUGCUGAUUCUGCAAAAGGCUUCGACUGCCAUUGAAACCCAGGUUAGCCCAUUCCAAACGAAACUGAGUUUGUUAGAGGCGGCACAGCUGACCUUGAACAGAAAGCUAAACUCCUAGAAAGCGAAGUUGUUCUACGAUAUCUCGGGAUGUUUGGUAAGGAUGAAUCCGAGGAAUCCGCGCCAGUAUUGGUAACCAAGGAUGACGACGAUGUGGACGAAGACUUUAGUUGA